AUGGAGGCCGGCCUGCGCGCGCUUGGCCACCGCUACUGCGGCGGCGGCGGCGGCGGCGGCAGCCUCGGCGGGUUCGCCGCCGCUCGUGCCACCCACCUCCGGCGCCAGCGCCGCGCGGCCGCCUUCUGCUCCCGUGAGUGGCGAGAGACUGUCACCCCCUCCCGUUCCAGUGUGUCUGUGUCUCUGACGUCCCUCGCGCUUGCAAACGUUUCUGCAGUUGCUGUUAAUGGAGAUGGGAAUGGCGCCGCGGGUGGCCCCGUGGGGAGCGGCGUCGAGGUGGCGCGCGCCAGGAGGAUGCUUCACGUCGUGCUCGUCUCGCCGCUGAUACCAGGAAAUACAGGGUCCAUUGCAAGGACAUGUGCUGCAUCUGCAGUUGGCCUGCAUCUUGUCGGGCCAUUAGGUUAUAAGGUAGACGACACGAAAUUGAAGCGCGCGGGAUUGGAUUAUUGGCCAUAUGUUGUUGUCAAGAUUCAUGACUCUUGGGACCAUUUCUGUGAUUAUUUCAUGAAGCAGGAAGGAGAUAAAAGGCUGUUGGCAUUCACCAAAAGAGGCACAAAAAUCCAUUCAGAUUUCUCCUACAGGCCAGGGGACUGGCUAGUCUUUGGUUCUGAAACAAAAGGAUUGCCUCAACAAGCCCUUGAGGAUUGCUGUAAAGAAGGCCUAGGUGGUGGAACCCUCCGAAUUCCCAUGGUGGAAACCUACGUCCGGUGCCUGAACCUCUCCGUCAGCGUUGGAAUCGCACUGUAUGAAGCAGCUAGACAGCUGAACUACGAACAGCUUCAGUACCAGCCUCAGCUCCCAGAGGAAGCACAGGGGCUAUUCCCAGCAGAGGACAUUUAUGCAUGA